AAGUUCCGGGUAGGGUUUGUUUUCGUGUGACACACCGUGCAUGGCUGUCAAACUGCAGACGUUUUAGCUUCAGUUCAGUUAUCAAACUUCACCUAAAAGCAGCAGCAGAGGUGCGCUACAGGAGCAAAUUUGGUGAGCUGAAAAAUAUAUUACUUGAUUUAUCGGAUAUCGGGUAUCGGAUGAGUUAUCGGAUACAUUUAAUUUAUAUUCUUAGUUUUUUUUGCCGAUUUAUUGAACAACGUUUAUGAACAUAAAGCCCAUUUAGCAUUGGUGUUACCUUGCUUUGCUUACAUCAGUUUGUUUUGUAGACCAAGUUCCACUGAAUAUAACAUCCAAAAUGCAUGAGGCGUCAUUUGCUUUUGCAUUUACCUACCUUGCUGAAAAGCUCACAGUGUUAUUGUUGUUUGCCUGUGGAGUUUAAUUUCGUCCUCAAAUAAAGCUUUCACCUUUCUCUUUCACUCCUCAGAUGUGACGGGAUGUCUGAUAAGCGUCAGCGCGCCAGGGUCCAGGGCUCCUGGGCCAAACAGCUGCCAAAACACUCAGGACCAGCAGGUACUCCAUGGUCCAUUAUUCGGACCCACGCCUCAUGCUCCUUAUUGACUGAGGAGGACUCAUCAUUGGUACAUGAAAAUAAGUUUGUUGGGUUUAAUUUUUUUUGGUGCAGCUCCAAACCACCAACAGCACAACAGAGUCCAGACAGCUCCCACUUCUUGGGGAUGUGGGCCUCAGAAAACACAAAACACCUUUGAGUUCAACCAGCCCUCCAAGGUAGAGCGUAAUCCUCGAAAACACUGAAUCAGUUACAAAUGAAUUUGUCUGUUUAACCCUUUUUAAAUGUUUUAUGAGGCACAAACUUUUUUCUGUUUCAGCCAGUCAGAGAAGCUCCUCCAGAGACGGUGAUAGAGUAGGUUUUCCUUUUUCUCCUCAUUUGAUUGACUUCCUUUGAGUUUUGAAUUGUGACACGAAUAUUAAAUUAAUUUCAAUGAGUUAUUUCAUUUUUUUUUUUUUUUGCCUUGUUAUAAAACAAUUCACUUUGCACAGAUUGGCCAACAAACUCCAUUUUUCUCUCGACAGAAAGAAAGGUGACCAUGAGAUAAGUCAUGGACCGUCUGGAGUGUCAAGGUGAGUCGAGUCUAAGUAUUUAUUGAUAAAGAUGUUAAAAAAAGAACAUUCAAGGAAGAAACAUGUAUCCAGUUCAACUCAGCUUUACUUUAUUUGCACAUCACCUCUCAUACCUACAAGCAUUCAGCCAAAAGUAAUAUAAAUAUAUGCAGUAUAUGUAUAUUAAUUCCUUCUAUAAAGCUCCCUCCAACUAUAUUUUGUUCCUAUUUUUCAAGCUUUAGCUCGUCUUAUUAAGGAGGCUGUAACAGCAUUGAAACAUCAAAUACCGAUCACGUUCAAGGACGUUUUGUUCAGAAAAUGAGACUACAAUUCCUAGAAGCCCCAAGAGAAACCGAUUUUUCUUUAUGCUUGAGGUUUAAGUUUAUUAGCAGAUUAUCAAAGAGAAGACAAACAGACAAAAUAAAUCACAUGUGAGGUUGAAACCCAGAAAAAUGAGAAGAAAACAAAGUACUGUAAAACAACUAACAAAUAUAGACAUUUUAUCCGAGCAGCAGAAAUAGUGUAAAACCGAGCAAACACUCACUUUUUUAUUUUAUUUAUUGCUUUAGAUAGAUAGAUAGAGAGAUACAUUUUUAGAUAGAUAUAAAGUUAAGAUAUAGAAAAGUUGUUCUCCCCGUCGGGGAAUCGAACCCCGGUCUUCCGCGUGACAGGCGGAGAUACUGUCCACUAUACUAACGAGGAUUGGUAUAAGGAAAGAUUCUCGGGUCAGCUCAAAUUCAGCCGGCCUCACACAACCACUUAAAGUCUCAUUCAGACACACAACGCUGUUUAUCUUUUCGUCGUUCACCUUGACUAUAAGUCUGUGAUUCUUUUGUGUAAACGUGUUUUUCUAACAGGAGGUUAUAGAUGUCAAAGUUACUUCAAGAGUUUCUAAUUCAACCUGUUUGUUUAAAAAUCGGUCAUGAUGACUUAGACUCUCUCUGAAAGCUGACCGUAUAUUACGUUGGAUUUAAAAGUCAGAGGAGAUUGUUAAAAUGCUACACUUUCUUCUCUUAAAGCAGUUUUAGUGCAGCGGACUGGUCUGUGAUUGAGUUUAAAAUCCACUAGAUGGCAGUCAUCACAUGAGCAGGUCUGUUUGUUGCUGAGCCGCAGUUUCAAUAGAUUCAGAACAAAUAACAUGUUCUGUGUAUGUGAAGAUGGACACCCAGAGUAUUUCCUGUCCAUAUUGUCCAUAUUUCUUUCUGCAUAUUGUUGAAUUAAUCUGGUUUGAAACAUUUGCAGCUACUUUUUGUUUUUGUGGGCGUUGAUGAGGAUUGUUAUUUCUCCAAAACUGGAACAUUAUUUGCCAGUUCAAUAAUUCCUUGUGCACCUGAAUCUGAGUCUGAGCUGGAUUAGAUCUUCAGGUGUAUCCGUGUGUUUAACAGAGAUCAUUAGAUGACACUAAAGGGGUCAGUUUACUCAGAAGGACAGUGUUGGUGGAUGGCUGAGGAGCUUUGUGACCGUAUUUGUCCAUUUCUGUUUCUCUCCAAAGUCAACAGACCAACGUUUUAUAACCGGCUUCACAUCAUGAUGUAACUGCGACAUGAAGUUUACAAAGAAGUCUCAUCUUAAAGUCUUUUAAGGUCUUUUUACUGUUCUUGGACGUUAUCGUGUAAGCAACUGAGCACAACACUUCAAAUAUCUUCUGUGAAAUAUGCACCGAUAUCCAAACACUUCCAUGAAAGUGUGUCACACUUCUCUCCUCUCUGCAGACUCUUCACUUGAUCUUCUUAUCAGCAUGUUGGUUUUAAAAUCUAAAUGAUACCUGCUGCCAUCCUUUUAACCAUUUUAGAUUAAAUUAGUGUACUGAUAGAGAGAGCUGAUGGUAAAGAAAAAAAGAGGAUUUUCAAGAUCCCUGAGGUGCUUCAUCACUGACUCCAGUCCAACAACAACAACAUGUGGGCCCAUUUUCAGAAAGGAGGCUCAACAAACUCUGAAGUCUAACCCCUAACUCUGGGUUAGGGCUGGGCGACAUGGCCUUAAAUCAAUAUCACGAUAUAUUGAUCGGUUCACCUCGAUAAUGAUAAAUGGACAAUAACUACUCCACAAGUUGCUCACCCCCUCCCACAUUAACGUCGUCUACUUCAGCCGCCGCUCCAGCAGCUACAACUUUUGAACCAUCCUCCAUCUCCUCACCUGUCUUUCCCUCUUUGGGGUGGAGUCAUGUCACUGACGUAGGACAGCGUCUUAAAGGGACAUGAGACGAUAGCCUACCUACACACAUCCAAAACCAACUUUAAUCUAUUUAUUUUUUUGACACCAAAUAUACCGAUACGGGCAAAAUGAUGUCAGUUAUUGUCGUAAAUUUCGAUAUCGGUAAAUUUACAGUUGAUUUCAGGAUGAACAGACUCUGAGUUUGAACUAAACCUGCUUUCUGAAACGUAACCUUGGAGUUGGUCUGAGUGAAUGUGUGCGUUUUGUGUUUCCAUCCAUACAGACUGCGGCUGCUGCCCGGGUUUCUCCCCUCAGAAGAGGCUGACUGGAUGUUCAGUAAGCUGCUAGCAGAGCUUCCCUGGUCCCAGAAGACAAACUACAGACAGGGUGGGUACCAGGGUGUGUAAGAAUGAGAGGGGGGACAAAUGUGAUCUGGUGAUGCGUCCUACAGCAUGACCAGGGUUUCCCCUCUGCAGUUGUCUCUCUGAUGGGUAAUUGUUGGUCUGUUUUUCUUGUUUAAUGUUUUUUUAUGGUGAACCUUCGGAGAGUGCGAUCCUCUGCCACAGCUGCAAGACUGUUAUUCUAACAUGAGAAUAUGUUUAGAUGUUUCCAAAGUUUUUGUUGUGUCACUUUUAAACAAGCAGCUUUUCCCUCUGUAAGUCUCAAGAAGACUUUCCAACAGCUGAAUUUGCAGCUCCUCUCGUCUCGCACAGGCCAGAAAUGUUCCUGUGAGAGGAAAGAAUCCCUCACAUUGUACGCAGACAGACGAUAUACAGUGAGCCCGUUGACCUGCAGCCAGACUCAGCCUCAGAAUCAGCGCCUCUGUCAGCUGGCUCUCAUCCAUCUCGUGUGUUACUCUGCGAUAGCGCCGUGGCAGAAGAGCAGCAGGAGAAAGACGAGUGACCAAGAUGGUUUCCAACUGAAUAUCACAGCUGCGGGUUGUGUAAUCUCAGCCCAUCACUCCUCAGACUUUGUCAACAAAGUGGCUGUGGUGUUUGGGUUUAAAGAGGAAGUAGAUGGGGGGAAAAAAUGACCAUAACCCCUCAGCUGUCCCCUCUCCUACAUCCUUUUUGUCAUUUAUUCAGUCCUGCUGUGAAACCGCUCUGACUCACUUUUUCCAUUUAGUGCUCAAGCCUUCAAAUUGGAUCCCGUCUACUGGUUAAGAAUUUGUUCACUUCCUCUGAUAGCAUAUCUUAACUAAAAUAGUUCAGCUUAUAAAUGACCACACAUAGUUGAAAUGAUUCCUCCCAGAGUCCCUGAGUGAUUUAACACCAUAAAAAGCAAAGGCUGCUUGAGCGAUUUGUUUUGGUUUCUCCGUGUUUUGGAGCAGAUGGACGGUCAAAUGACAGAAAAUUGGUUCUUGGAAGAGAGAGCAGGUUGUUGUUGUGAGAGAAAAACACACGGACUGAGGAGAGAGGAAUUGAAUUGAGAUGUUUACCGUUUCUUAGGAGCUGCUAGAAUGGGUUUCUAGUGACGUAGCAGAUAACAAUACAUGAAGAAUAGAUCUGCGUCAGCUGUCUGCAUCCACAUAUACAGCGCUGAUCACUCAGAUAGCUCUAAAACAAGCUCGAUCUGCUCUCUUUUCAGGUUAAAAUUGCCUUGACCCAAUUACAGGUGUGAAAUAGAGAUGAAUAUGAGAGCAUGUCUUUUCGCUGCAGAAAUAAUGGUAAUAGGAUAUCACAUUUAUCUGUCUGUAAAUCACCACCUCAGAAUCAUCUCUGAAACGAGUAUAAACAAGAGAAACACGGUUUGUAAUUUAAAUUAUCUAUAUGCAAGUUAAACAGAUGUGAUUACCGAGAGAAGCUGCACAUUGGUGUGGGGUUUGUCUUGGCGAGGAGGUUAAGGAUUCUUCAACUAUGGAAACUUGUACCUAAUAAUAAUAAUAAUAAUGCAUCAGAUUUUUAUAGCGCUUUUUUGUCAGUGACCUCAAAGCGCUUUAAAUUGAUUAAAACCAGCUGUGAGAUUGUGUUGUUAAUGGCGGUCUCUUCUUUGAUUUUCAAACUUUAUGUUAUUGAUUUUUCUUCCAACAUUUUCCUUCUAAAAAAAAACAAAAGAUAAAAACAAACAAAUUUUGUCCAGCAUAAUUAAAAACCUCUCUCUGAAUCAGCACUCAUGUUAACUAGUUUACCAGCUUUAAGUUGAUGAACACAAAUGACCCAUGGCUAGUGACCACAGUACAGCAGAGUAGUGGUGGGCGUUAUAGCCUCAAAAUGAUAUCGCGAUAUUUCAAGGCCAUUUGCGAUAACAAUAUUAAUUACGAUAUAAAAAAAAUAUAUGUAUAUAUAUAUAUAUAUAUAUAUAUAUUUUUUAUUUUUUUCUCCUAUGUUUUUGAUUUUUAAAUAUGCUGAUAUACACUGUUAUAACUAUCAGGGCUCUGAAAAGAUGGUGCAGAAAGCUGAGGUGUGUGGUAUCUUGUGGCUAAGUUUAAGUUCUGACUGAAUUCAUGACUACAUUCAUUUUUUUCAAAAUCAUUCUAUUUUUUUGAUUAUAUGUCAUUAUUUGCUGAUGAGCUGAUGUUUGUCAACAGGGCUGAUAUCAGUGAAACAUCAGUGAAUCCCUUUUUAAUAGAUUCUAUAUUUUAUUGUGGGUGUUGGUUCAGGUGAGGCGUACGAUGAGCCUAGACUGACCUGCUGGUACGGAGAGCUGCCUUAUACCUACGCUCGCUCCACAAUGGCUCCCAACACACAGGUAACACACUCUCACAUGUGGGUGUGUAUUUUUUAAAUGCAGCUGUUUCUGUGCAGUUUGGUCUUUCUUACACACAGACAGAGUGAUAGGGUUUCCAAACAACAUAGGAUACAUUCAUGUUAGGAAAGAGAAAAAAUCACAUCUCCUUAUAACACCAAGGGAAUCAUAUUCAUGUGGACAAACAUAAAUAUAUUAUCACUUUUAUAUAUAUAUAUUUGCUUCAUUUAUUUACAGUCUGUGUUUCUCCUCCUUCUAGUGGCAUCCAUUGCUGUUUACCCUCCGUGAAGCCAUUGAGCGGGUUAGCGGCUGCAACUUCAACUCACUGCUCUGUAACCUUUAUCGGGACGGACACGACAGCAUCGGCUGGCACAGCGAUGAUGAGGCGUCUUUGGGUGACAAGCCCAUCAUCGCCUCCCUCAGUCUGGGUGACACCAGAGUGUUCAGCCUCCGCAAGCAGCCUCCACCGGUGAGCUGAUGACAGAGAGGGAGGUUUACCUUAGUGUCCAAAUUAGGGCUGUUGCUAUACCAGAUUUUCACUCUAAUGAUUAUCGUGACCAUAAAAUAUCACAAAACUAUAAUUUUGGGAAACUUCACAAUUAAUUGGCACAAUUAGUCAAACUGAGAAACGACAAGAGAAGUAUUGUAGCUUUCCUAGUACCUUUAAAAAGUCGCUUGAGGCAGAGACUAGGUCCUGUAUAUUUGUGUGACACACUGCUGCUGUUCCAAAGAAGCACACAGUUCAUCAAAGUUCUCGGAGCUUUAAUAACAGAAAAAACGCUUCAACAAUCGCCAAUGAUUCACAUCAGAUAGAGUAUGUGUGCACUCUGUGACGUGUAUCAUAACAAACAAAGAUCAUAUAGUGCGGUCAACAAAAAUUACGGCUACCUAGGCUCACCUCUCCACCCCAGUGCAGGUAAGACCGCCCCUUAUAUAAACUACAAGCUUUCAAACACAGUGCCCACGUGACCCAAACCCAGUGAAACCAAUGGCAACCAGACAAAAGUAAUUGAACACAGGAUAACCGAUAAGCAAAGCAACAUUAUGGCUCCUACAAUAAGCAAUACCUUUAUAAACUUGGCAAAUAAACACAGUUACUUUACAUGUCAUCCACUCCUUUUGAACAUGGAUAACUUUUUAUCAUUUGUUGUUGUAUUUGUUACUUUUUAAUUUAUUAUUUUAUUUUUUAUAUGUUCAAGAUAAACUUCAUCAAUCAAUAAAUAAAUCAAUCAAUAGUGAUGUUAAAAGUUCCGAAUUAUCCACAGGUCCAGCCUUGGUAUUAAAACUUCAUGAAAGAAGACAAAUCUAAUAAAAUGAUGCUUUUUAUUUAAGGGCUUUUAUUUUGAUAGUUUUACUGUCUUACGUGUAGUGUACUUUAUUUCCUGCAAAGCGACGAUACUCUUAUUCUGAAGUGAUCGCUACUUCCGGUACAUAAGUUACGUAACCGAAAAACGACAGUUAAAAAUGACGGUUAGAAAAUACAUAUAUAUCAUUUUGAUUAUUAGUAAUCCGAAGAGGUACAAGCUUUAAAGUUGUUUCUGGGUUAAAAAUGUUUUUAAUAUCAAGUUUUUAAAAGUGCUGAGUCAUUUCUCAGAGGGCUAACAGCUAGCUUAGGAGGCGUCCGGCAACCAACGUCAAGGCCCACUGCUAUGAGCUCAAGGUAUAACCAUAUGCAUAUUUUAGCACUGUAUCAAUACUUGUUGUCUUAAAUGAUGUUUUUUGUCAACACUGUAAUAAUGAGACAGCCUUAACUUGACAUUUUUCUCCUUUAGCAGUAAUGCUAGUCCUCUCCUGCGUGUGAAAUACCCUGAAUAUUUGUCUUUUUAACUUGUAGUUGGUCCAUUAACCUACAUUAAAAUUGGACUUGACUUUGGGAAAGCAAAGCACAGAGACAUAAAAGACCAAUUUUGAAAAGGUUGGGGUUUGAAAAUAGAUAAUGUGUUUCAUUAAAAAGCUGAAGUUGCUGUUUAUUGUACUAAAAUUUGUUUUCUGAUAGUUUCCAACUGUGAGCAAUAUUGGUGGAAAGCUCUUGAAGCACCCCCAGACUCUGACUGCUGGAUUUCUUGGCAUUGCUGUCUCAUUUUGCUAACAUGCUGCAUUAGGACUAAGCUCUUUCCUUCUUGUAUUUUUCCACAAGGCUGACUGUAAACCCAGCUCUAUUUAUUCAUUAAAGUGGUCUCUCAAAGUGUUUGAUUUUAGCCGUCCUGAACCUGCAGACACUCUAUCUGACCUUUAGCGGUUUUACACAAGUUUGUUUUUUGGUGCUUAAACUUGGCUCCCAGUCAAACAGGCUGUCUCCUGCUUCCAUGCUACUUAAUAAAGCAGAACUGAUCUGAAAAUCCUACCAAAAAACAGCAGUGAAGUGCAGAGCUGGCUGAAGUCAGGUGUUUAGAGUUCAGAAUAAGCUGAGCGUUUAGACAUCUGUGUUUAACAGCUGCCUGUAAAGUACAUAUUACUUAAGAGGCUUGACUCAUGAUGUGAGAGAGCAUAAGUGCCUGUUUUUUUCAUGUGAUAUACAUUAUACUAAGUGUGUCUGAGUGUGUUAGUGUUAUAGACAGCUGUAUAUUUUUCCUGAUCUUUUAUUUUGUGUUAGGAGGAAAAUGGAGACUACACAUAUGUGGAGCGGAUUCGGGUUCCUUUGGGCCAUGGGACGCUGCUGCUGAUGUCAGGAGCCACCCAAGAUGACUGGCAGGUGACAAAAUAACCUUUCAUAAUUAAUUAAAGUUAUAACGGGGGAUACAGGGGCAUAUAAGAAUCAUGUCGAGCCAAAGACUGAGGUGUUUCUUUUCCUUUUUCUUUAUUUUAAGAGACACCUUUGUUGUUCAAGAAUUGGACGAUACUUUACUUUUCAUCCAAACACUUUAAGCACUUUAAGCCCGACUGUGUGCCUUGAACCUUGUGUUUUAUGACUUGCAAUGACUUAGAUUUCCUCUGUUUAUACCAGAAAGUCUUGAGUAUAAAUCACAGCUCAUGCCUCAAACUUAACUCACACAUUAUGAAAAGAAAUCACGGCACAAUUGUUUGGCUCUUAUCGCACCUGUUUGGCCUGGUGGUUAUAGCACAUGCCUCAUAUGCAGAUAGUUAUGAUACAACUGUCGCAGGUUGGACUCCCAGCUCUGUUCUCUGCUUCCUAAAUUUCCUGUCUCGAGUGUAAAGACAUCCCGGCUCCAGGCAGUUAUAGAAAUAGACUUUGCUCCAAGCUAUCAUCAAAACAAAAAACACAGAUUUCCCCUCAUUUAACCUUCAGUAUUUAGAGUAAACUCUAAAGAGUAAACAGACCAGCUCCGGAGAGCUCAGCUGGAGAAGGUCAGGUGAAGACCUAACUCACCUGCCCUGCUUCUGUGUGCCUGUACAUGUCUGCAUGUGUGUGUGUUUGUGGGUAGAUAAGUGCUUCCGCCUGAACACACGUGAGAGGACGGACCUGUGUUCAAGCACUCAGGUUCAGGAGGAUGGAGAAAACAGCAGAGCUCCAACAUAAUGAGAGUAAUUUGUUCUCCAAUAGAAGCAGCAGACAGGUUUAUAUGAGUGCAUGAAAGGAUUGGAAGGUCUUUGUGUUUGUGUCAGUGUGUGUGAGUGUGUGGCUGGUUUCUGAUAGAAGCAAUUGGGUCACUCUCAACAGUGAGUCAGUGUGCCAUUACUAAAGUUUCUAAUGUCAUGAUAACUCAAUCUUUCCAGCCUUUAGAGGAGUUUAUCUUUUUCACAUUUUUCGAUUUUUGUGGAGUCGUUACCUCCAAGGCUGAGAAGUGGAGUCACUCAUAUUAAACAAAAUAUUUCUCAGAGUAAGCAGCUGUUCAGUCACUGAGAAUGAGCAGAGUUUGCCUCACGUAAAUGAAACUGAAAAUAUAAUAGACUGAGUGGAAAAAGAAGUAAAAGUUCUGACUUUAAAAGUAGCUCUAACUUCGAAGAAAAAAGGUCACAUGUGUUUUAUGGUGACACCUCACUGAGCGCCGCAACAAAAGUUUUAUCUCUGCUUUUAAGAUCUACCCUGAGAAAGAUCACACCGUCCAUUAAUUUCUCUCUGGGUGACUGCGGUCCAGGUCGGCCUAAUGAAACCUCCCCGCUCUGUUUGCAAGCUCUAAAAACAGACGCUAAAUAUUUAACUAAGCCUGUCAAUCCUGGGCUUUGUUUUGAAAAGGGAUCCAGGUUAUUUCUGAUGUUCCAGCCUCUUUCUUUUGGCACUGAUGUGGAGAAGCAAACCCUUCGCCUCCUUUUCAGAUGUAGGUGAGGGAGGAGUGUGUGUUUGUGUGUUUUCGGUGAAAAACAAGGUGAUCCUGCCUGCAUGCAAGUUAAACUUUGAGUUUCCUGAAAACCUCUGAGAAUUCUCACAAAGAAAGUAUUGUUUGUUUUAUGUUGACACAUCUUCAGUUGGUCUUUAUGCAGAAGGUCAGAGGUCAACUGGAAGGCAAAAACACCUUAUGUUGAGGAAACUUCUCUCACAGUUUUAUCUUAUUUUCUCCUGUCAUCGUGCAUUAUUCUUUUUCUAUAUCACCUGUGUGUUUGUAUCAUAGACUGUAUAUACUAUGGACAACCUGGUUCCGCCUCCUGCCUGUAUACGGAUUUGAAGCCAAAAAGCUCUCUGUAUUUUUCUUCAUUUCCUGAAACCAGCGCUGUACAGUAGCGUUGUGCGCAUUCGGCCGCGCAGUUGCAAAGAGUCACUUUGAUGACGCUCAGCUCAAACAGCUUACCCCCCGGGAGAGCUACUCAAUCCCUGAACGCCCAUAGGCUGUAUCAGGUGUCAAUCAUAGCAAACAUGAACCCCCUAAUAACUUUUAAAAAUGGAGCUUCACAGAAAAAAGAGGACUUGAGCACAAACCUGUCUUACAAUAACUACAUGUCAACAUCGCAAGCAGGGGGGAGAAAAAUUUAUGUUCUGUGUAAUAAAUUUCUAAAGUUGGUCCACAGCCCCAUAAGCUUUGCUGGCGGAGGUGGGAUUUAUGACCUAUACUGCAGCCCGUCACCAGAGGGUGCUGUUCUUAAAGUGGCUUCACUCAGCGAGGAGGCAGACGGCGUCCAUUCUAUAUACAGUCUAUGGUUUGUAUCAAACAAAAGUUUUUUAACCUUUAAAUAACUUACUCAGCUGUUAUUAAAUCUUUCUCUUAUUUUUGUAUCUUCAGCUGAAGUAAGGCUUUAGAUCAGUGGGUAAAUUUUAAAUGAGAUGUUCGUGCAACAUAAAGUUUCCAAAGUGGAUAAUACACAGCUAUCUAAAUUGCAAAUAUAUAACUGAAUGUGAUUUUUGAAGUUCACACUAAUGUAAAGGGAAUAAAAAUUAGACCUUUAUAUUCAUCGAUUUCCAAAGCAUAAGUCUGAACACUGGCAGUCACCAUAUGAGAAAUGCAAAGUCCUAGUUAUGCAGAACUUUUCAUUUUUUCUCCAUUUGUAUCUUUACUAUGCUGCUAUAAAUUUGGGUUUCCCCUCGUGGGACUAUUAAAGGAACAUCUUAUCUUAUCUUAACUUGUACCUUAACAUCUCAAAACGACUCAGUUUUAAGAGAGACAGAUGUGCUUUUCAUACCAGAGCCACUUUCUCCAAACUGUAAACAUGAUUAUUUUAGCUGUAAAGAUGAGCAUUUAUACGAUGGGUGUCAAAGGGGUUUCUGUUGAUUUUGCAGUCGGCCUCAAGUGGACACUUUAGGAACUGCAGUCUUGUAUUUUCCGGAUUAGGGAGAGUCUUGUUAAAAAAACAAACCUCUAAAUACUUAAAUAAUCAGAUCUUUUUUCUUUCAGGUGAGGUUGUCUGGGGUAGUUAUAAAAAGUCAGUGUGUUAUCUGCAGAUGUUGGUGGUUAGCACAGCGUCAGUUUGUAAAAGCUGCAUUCAGCACUAAAACAGAAGCUGAGCUGUUCUCUGCUGUGGGCAGAGUUUGUACUACAGUACAGCUACUUAAUCGAAGAGGUAUCGAUAAUGACCUCCUUCAGAUAAUCUGUUCUCUGCCUUUAAAGCCAUAGAAAAAUAAACAUGUGCAGUACACGUUUAAUCAGUCACCUCGAUCGUCUUUACAGAGGACAUUUAUCUGCAUCAUCACAUUCACCAAAUAGUCCAUGGGCCCGACAGAUAUUUGGUACCCCUCAGGGUGGCAAAUAUAAUCUACAGACACAUGUCUGUAGAUUAUAUUUUUGUGUGAUAACCAGGUGCCCCGCUAAAUAUUGGUUAUCAGCUCAUGAAGUUAACCACCCCUUAAGAUAAAUGUGAUUUUUUUACACUGGUGUAUAUCUGGUUUAGGCUCACGGCAGGGACAUUUCUCAAAGGUUUACAAUAUACUGUUUGGUAUCAUUUUAAAGGGGAUCCUUGUGGCUUUCAUUUAAGCCUAUAUGUGUUUAUCUUAGACCAACAUGGAAGUCACUAGAGCUCUUUAAAUCACAAAAAAAUACAUAUUUUCCUGCAAUUUUUGCCUACAUGAUAUACUUUCUUUUGGCCAUAUGUCACCCAGGGACAUCAGGGAUAGAAGAAUUACAAACUGCAAUACUCUUGGGACUCAUAACAUUCAGAAGAUGGAUGAAUGGAUGGAUGGAUGGAUGGAUAGAUAGAUAGAUAGAUAGAUAGAUAGAUAGAUAGAUAGAUAGAUAGAUAGAUAGAUAGACAGACUUUAUUGAUCCAAGAAUCUUGGUUCUUCAGCGAAGGGUGGGGGGGCAUCUCCCAUCAGGGAUAUUAGUCAGAACAGAAAAUUGAAAAAACCCUUAGAAUGCAUUGAUUCUGUAUGAUUUUUUUAGUGUUGAAUCCAUUUCUGCCAGUUGCCCAGCUGUAAAAGGUACCUUUUAGUAAUAAUUAGCGUAAUUAUUGAUAUAUUGCCCAAUGCUAUAAAUGGCUAUCAAUUUCCUAUUUGUUAAGAAAUUCUAUAUUGUUUGGUAUCAUCGUAAAGGGGACCUUCUAGCCUUUCAUUUAAGCCCAUUGUUGUAUCUUUCUGAAAAACACAGGUUACAUGACCUCUUUAAACCAUAAAUUACACACAUUUUCCCACAGUGUUCACCUAAACUAUAUAGUUUCUUUUAUCCCUAUGGGAUCUAGGAAUAUCAAGGACCAAAAAGCCAAGGGGUUACUGUGAGCCUUAAAAUAGCAAAAAUCCCCACACCAAUUGUUUAAAUGUAAUGAUAUUGUUACUAAUACUAAUUCAGUAAUAAUGAGCCUAAACCAGAUAUACACCAGUGUAAAAAAAUCAAAUUUGAGCUGAUAACCAAUAUUUAGCAGGGCACCUGGAAAGGUCAUUAUACAAAAAUAUAAUCUACAGACAUGUGUCUUUUCAAAAAUCAGGAUAAACCUUUGCCACCCUGAGGUGUACCAAAUAGUGAAAUUCUGGCCUCUGGCCCAUAACCUGAUUUCUUUCACCACACUAAACCAUUAUUAUAUUAUUCUGCAAUUCAAUGUAUGCUUUUGCAACAAAGUGCAUUUAGUAUUCUAUAAAUAUUUACUGUUAUUACAAUUUUCCUCCAGCACUUUGUUCGUAAUGAAGGAAGUUUUAUUCAUCAUGUGUGGUUGAAUUACAGCAAAGCUGACUUGACUUUUCUGCUCCUCUGUCUCCACCAGCAUCAAGUGGCCAAAGAAUACCACGACCGAGGCCCACGAAUAAACCUGACCUUCAGGACCAUCUACCCAGAGCCAGAGGGCCACAGGCCGGGGACCAAGAUGAGAUUUACUGCCAAACAGCCAUAACCCUCCCAAGAGUCAGGUACUUAGGGCAAUAGGGAGACUCUGUUCUGCAUUUCAGACACACAGUGUCAGAUCUGAGGCUUUCAGAGGGUCGCUGUGUUUCUCAGUGAGCCUGCAGGCAAAGUCAGCUGUAAGAAAAGAGUCACGACAACAGACUGUGAGGGGAAUAAAAGCCGCCUCCAGCUCAAACAGGGUGAUUCUCCAACUUCUCCUGUUGCAUAAACAAACCUGAAUGUUAUCAAGUCAUAAUCAGAUGAUUGUGUUUUCAGUAGAAAGAAGAGUUUACAGCAGUAUCUACCACAAGUAAUGAAUUCAUUUGUUCAUUUAUGACAGUUGUUUACAUUCAUUUCAAGCUACAAGUUAAUAAAACUGUGCUCAGAGUGCCAAACUAGAACAGGAUGUCAUAAAAAGAGAGAUGAAUAGAUGUGUGACUGUACAGAGGGGACUGUAGGCGGGAAAAUGUCAAUGAAUCCCUGCCUUGUUGAUUUUGUGGGGCUCUUAGAAGCAAACAUGGCUGCUUUAAAAGAGGUGAGAUUCAAGUAAAGUGGCCACUUAUGACGAUUACAGCUCCAUCAGGCUGAAUCAGAUAAUUCUCCGGUUAAACAGAACUGGUCUGAUCAGUCCUGAAAGGAGGGGUCUGAGUAUUUUAAGACCUGAUUCAUCAGAGUGAGAAGCGUUUAGGAUGUUCAGUACAUGCUUGGUUGUUGUUGUUUUUUGGUUUGUGAAAAAAGUUGCACUUUCAGACGUUAAUGGUUUCAACUGUGUGUGUAAAUAAUUACUGGAGUCCAGGAAAGACUGAAGGGCUUAUUGAGCGACAGUCAACAGAGCCAAUGUAUUUAAAAGAAACCCCUCCAUAUCUGCAUCAACUGAGGGAGGUAAAUGUCUUGAAGGUGGAUGAGCUCUACCUCAGACGUCCUCUGUUUAUACUGUAACACUGAAAGGAUAAAAGUAAUGUUUGGGUUUAAUGUGGGUUUGAAAUAAACUGUUAUGACUUUGAAUUU